AUGGAGCCUGCUGAAGCACCUAGUCAGAUUAGCAAAGAUAAUUUUUUAGAAGUUCCAAAUUUAUCUGUUUCUGUUUGCGAAGAUGAAGAAGUUAAAAUUACCUUCAAACCUGGCUUCUCCCCUCAACCAAGCAGACGAAGCUCUGGAUCUUCUGCAGACAUAUGUCUGGACACCCCAACUUCAGGUUCCCGGAGAGUUUCAUUCGCUGACAACUUUGGAUUCAAUCUUGUUUCUGUCAAAGAAUUUGACAGCUGGGAAGUACCAAAUGUUUCCACUGAUUUUGACUUAAAGAAGGAUAUUUUCCACAACGAAGAAUAUAUUUUAUCUCCACUCUUUGACUUGCCUUCUUCCAAGGAAGAGCUUAUACGACAACUUCAAAUACAGAAAGCAAUCCUAGAGUCAACUGAGUAUCUUCCUGGCUCUACAAGUAUGAAGGGCAUUAUUCGUGUUUUGAAUAUAUCUUUUGAGAAGUUAGUGUAUGUGAGAAUGUCCUUGGAUGACUGGCAGACCCAUUAUGACAUUUUAGCAGAAUAUGUUCCUAAUUCGUGUGAUGGUGAAACCGACCAGUUUUCCUUUAAGAUUACGUUGGUUCCUCCUUAUCAAAAAGAUGGCAUUAAAGUUGAAUUUUGUAUUCGCUAUGAAACUUCGGUUGGUACAUUUUGGUCAAAUAAUAAUGGCACGAAUUAUAUAUUAGUUUGUCAAAAGAAAAAACAAGAGCCAGAGCCUGUCAAGCCUUGGGAGGAAGUUUCUAGUAGACAAAUUAAAGGAUGCUUAAAGGUAAAAUCAAGUAAAGAAUCAUCAGAAACAUCAGAAAAGUAUAACUUUGAGAAUUCAAAUGUUACAGACACCUACAUCCCAACAAUCAUUUAUUCUCCAGAGAAUAAAGAAGACAUGGAAAUCAGCAAUCAAAAUGUAAAAGAUAUAAACAGGACACAUGAUGCACACAAUGAAAAAGAAUUAGACUUGAAGAGAAAUCAACAUUUAAUAACUAAAAGUGCUGAUUCCAGAGCCGAAAAGAAUACAUUUCCAACAAACCCACUCAAUUUUCCAAAUAAAACUGAGGGGUUAGAGAAGAAGCAAACUCAUGAUGAGACAGGCACUGAUUUGUCUGGAAGACACUUGUCUCCGAGGUCAUCAACAGAAAGCUCCUUCACAGCAGAAUUUUGCAAGAGUGGCAAGUAUUCCUCCAGAAAUGAGUGGAGGUAUCAACCUUCGGAGGAAACUAGCACAGAAAUGGGAGAAAUGACGACAAUCGUGGGAGAUACCAGUAACAGUGCAUUAGUUCAAUUGGAUAUCAACCCUGAAGAACUCCUGGAUGAUAAUGCUAAUCCAGCCCAUGGUAGUGGCAGAAGGCAAAGACCACAUGCAUCUUCAGACCAACCAAUGGCAGGCAUGAAGACUUGUGCAGAAGGAGCUAAGAAAAUGGAAAUAAAAGACUGGGAAUAUUUAAGAAGGGAUUUCCAUUCAGAUGUACCCACCUAUCUGGAAGAAUCAGCACAAAAAGCAUCUUCCAAAGAAGAUUAUCGCAAGGGAAACUAUGAGAUGGAACAAAACAUAAGCUUAGGUGUUAAUGCAAAACAAAACAAGAAGCAUCAAUCAAUCUCAUAUGACCAAGAAACCAAAAUGGGCCACACUGAAAUAAGGAUGGAAGGGACUAAAGCUAGUACCAGUAAUACCAGUGUCCUGUCAAGUAAAGAUGCUGAUGUUAGCACCUCCAUGACUGCAGCAGGUACACCUCCCUCCCCAAUGACAAACGUGCAUUGGGAUGAAGCUAAGUUAAAGACUCCAGAUAGACAUCUCUCCCCUGACAUAGGCACCAGUUUAGAAAGAGAAACUAGGGGAACUGGUUCAACAAAAAAUGGAAAUGGGAAUGUUUUGAAGGCUGCUUAUCUUUUCCAAGUUGAAGGAAAACAGUCCAAUCCGAUAAAUCCUGAAGGUCCAAAGGAGCACACCCUGCAUAUACAAAAUCAGAAUGCUAUGGAAAGUGAGGGAAAAGCAAGAGGGAGUAAAACGAAUAUAACUGAGCAGAUGAAAGAAGCAGGUGAUUGUAAAGGCUUGAAAGCUCCUUCUACAGAAGAGUUGUUUACCUGCCAAGAAACAGAGCACUACGAACUGUCUUUGCUAGCUGAUCAUGGUAUUACUGAGGAAUCACAAGUAGAUACAGCUUAUAUAAUUAAGGCAACAUCAGAAAGUACUCCAGAAAGCAUGUCUGCAAGAGAAAAAGCAAUAAUUGCUAAGCGACCUCAAGAGACAGCAAGAAGUGACAGGCCCAUCGAGGUAAAAGAAACAGCGUUUGAUCCACAUGAAGGGAGAAGGGAUGAUUCGCAUUAUACCCUUUGUCAACGGAAUACAGCAGGGGUAAUCUUUGACAAGCAUUUUGAAAAGGAAUCUCGUUUGGAUAUUUGUAAUGUUCAUGUAGAUGAAAUGGGGAAGGAGGAAGCCACGUCUAUGUACAAUCCUGGGAAGACACAUGACAGGGAGCUACAUGGCACGGGAAAUAUAUCAUCUGUAGAAGAAUCUUCCCAGUUCAUUACAGGAGAUCAAAAAGCAAUGUCAAAACUGGAUUUAUAUUUUGGAGUGUCAUCAAUAGACAAAAGAAUAUUCCCAGCAAAUAGAGACCUGGGGCAUUUUCAAGAAGUAUCUAGGAAAAAAGACUUAGAUACUGUAAUUCCUUCUGCUUUCAACUCAGACAUGAAUAAGGCUUCUCAGAACACCUCUCAUGUUCCCAGUCACCAUACGAAACUGUUAGUGCCACCUUCUGAACAAGAAAUUGCUGGGGAGAAAACAAUUACUACUCUGACACCCCAAUCUAUUCCUACUAAAGCAGAAUAUAAUUAUAAUCCAACAAGUGAAAUCCACAGUCACCCUGGGUCUAAAUCUGAAGAUGUUUUCAAAGGUUCAGAAAUAAUGACUUCAUGUAAUAUAAAAGCAAGAUCUAUGGGCCAGAUUUUCCAACCAGGAGAAUGUGGUGUGGGAAAAUCUCUAGUGCCAAUGAUUUUAACCAGUGAGUCUUCUGAUAACAUGGAUGAGACAAAGAAUGAAAAUGAAGGAUUCAUAUGCUCCGGACAGAAACAAUCCACUUCAGGUCACAGCAAACCAGAGAGUUCUACUUCUGCUAGUCCUACUAUCCAGGCAAAUCAAGCUCAAAGCAACGAGGCUCCGCUUUCAAAAUAUAGUACCUCUAAGAUACCUUAUUUCCUUUUGUUUCUGAUAUUUCUUGUAACCAUCUACCACUUUGACUUAAUGAUAGGUUUGGCAUUCUACUUGAUUUCAUUGUACUGGCUAUACAGGGUUGGGGGUAGACAAAAAGAACCUGUCAAAAAGAAAUAAUCUUGACACUAUUAUUAUUUUCUCUUAAAAGAUAGGCCAUUUAGCCCCAAACAUUUGGAUUGGUGAAAGAGAGUAUGCAUUGUUCAAAGAGCCGGUGCAGUUUUUCUCUUGAAGGAUCAUUUAAAAAGGAAUGCGUAUGAAGUUUGCUCCUUCAUAUAAGUAAUUAUUCUAUAUAGGACCAUUAUGUUUGGAUCAUUAAAUACCUAUAUGAAUAUGAGAUGUGAAGCACGUCAAGUUGAAAUUAGGUGCAGCUGUUGCUCCUUAGCCGGCUAUGAAGAUGCAAUGCUUCAUGUAUCUUCACUACUUAAAGUGCUAUUUCUUGCAUUUAUUUCUUAAGCAGUAAAGUGACAUUUUUUUUUGUCUGAGAGCACAUCUCCCCUACAGUUUUUAAAAAUAGGUAAAAUAAAGACGUUGGCAGAGCAUGGUUACUUGUCUUUUAGAGGUGACUAUGAUGUCAAUUUUGCCACUGUAUUAUUUAUUAAUACAUAUUGACAGAUUAAAUAUGCCAAUUUUUAUUUCAUACUUCUAAGAAACCAUCCAUAAAGGUUGAAAUGUGUAAAGUUAGUUUGAAGAAUGUAUUAUGUUCAGAGGUAUUACACUUUGCACACAUAUAUGUAAACUUUCUUUAUACCUACAAAGUCAGGACACUGAUAUUCCAAGUUUUUUUAAAAAAGAGGAAAGCAUUUGGUAAAUUAACGUUCAAUCUUCCAAAAUUUUGUGGGUUGAUGUCUUAAGCAAUAGUUUUUCUCUUAUAAAGAAAGAGUACAAGAAAGCUGAAUAAUCCUAAUGCAAACUUAGUUUUCAGAGUUGAAAUUUUAAGUGAAAUGUCCCACAAGCCUUGUUUCAGAAUGACUUUGUACAUAUAAAAAUAAGGCAUUAAAUGAUAAUAAUAAAAAUAUUUCCAAAUCAACUGUUCAUUCUAUGUUGUAGUAUUUAUUCCUUCAAACAAAUGUUCACUCUUUUCUCAUAGUAGAGUAAUUUAUUAGAGUAAUGUAUCCUCAAAGGUAUGCUUAGAAUAAUCAUAGACAUGUUUUUGGUGAUAUUCCUUAUAAGAAUAUCAGGUUAUGUGAUAAUAAUUCAAAAUUCUAAGCCUGCAAAUUGGUGUAUGUGGAAAUCUACCAAAGGAGAAAUGAAUGUUAAUUGUAGUAAUCAUUUUGUCACUGUACUUAUUUAUAACUAAAGGUGUGAAAUAAUGGAGCUAAUCAUUUUCCAUAGUAGGGAUAUUGGAAAGAUUCAAUGUAAUGUGUUUUACCAACUAUUUAUUGAAUGACUACAAUAGGCAAACCCUUGCACUUUGUUCCAUGCCAGAGAAGUUCCUUUGAUACUCUGUGUAGGUAAUCUUAGGCAUAGGUAGGUGGUAUGAUAGUCUUAAGGUGGAUGGAAGUAUAAAACAAAACCACACAGAAAUUAUUCCUUUUCAAGGGAUCUUCUUUUGUAGAACAUGAAACAUUGAUCUUCAAAAACGCAUCUGUUUAUUUACCUGAAAUGAUAUAUUCAAUGAGAAAAAUGUGCAAGGGUCAUUCCAUAUAUAUAAGAAAUAUGCACCCAUGGAUAAACAAAAUAAGAACAGAUUUCAAUCUGAUAGUAAAUUUCUUCCUUAAUUUUCAUUAGGUACAUAGCUAUUUCCAAAUCCUCUAAUUGUAUGCUCCUCUCAAAUCCUAUUGAAAAUAAAUGCUUCACUUUGACUCUUUAGUUAACCAAACACAAACAUCCUGAAGUAGAACUUAAGGCAAAUAUUUGAUUGUUUGAGAAGGCAUAUUUUCAUUAAAUACAAGUGGAAUACUCCAAGCGGUGCCUAGAAAUUAUCUGUAAAAUUGCUAUCCUGAUAAUUUUGUUGACAGGUCUAAAUUACAAUGGAGUUAAAGUUGACAUUUCUUCAGUUCUUAAUGGCUUGGUCUUUGAUUUCUACUUUUUAAGAGUUUUAGUCAAUAUGCCAUAUCUCAUUAAUGCAAAGAACAUUACAUAGUUUUAUGAACACAGGUGCCGGAGCUAAAAUUCCUCCCUUCAAAAACAACAUAACCUUGUUUGUCUCUUGUAUUUGACUCCAGUAGUGUUAUCUUGCCAAGUCUUCUCAUACAUUUAUAGUAACACGGUAUUACAUAUAAAGGGAUUUCAAAUACUCAAUUGUGUAUUUCUUUGCAAGCAAUGAAGAAAUACUUAAUGAUUGAGCUGAAUUUCCUAAUAUUAUGUAUGAAGACUUUGAAAUAAGUCACCAGAACUUGUCAAACUCUUCCUAGAUGAGGAGGUAGAGUUCUGCAACCUCUUUUAGUCACACCACUAUGUUGAAUGGGAACAACAGGCCUUCGGAAGAUCUGUCAGGCCCUAGCUAAUAAAGGUUUGAUUUUAUACCAUCAUGGAUAAGGAUUAUCUGGUAAGCACAAGUGCCAGCUAUGUCUCAUCCAGUAUUGGUGAAAAGCCAAACAGAGUGUGGCAGAGAGUUAGCAGAGAGGUUCUUUGCAUUUCUCCUUCAUAUGAUUGAUUAAAAUGCAAUAUAACAACCUUUGCCUUUUACCUGGCUGGACUUCUGAUGCUUAGAAACAAAAAUUUCAACGGUAAUUGGCAAAUCAAACAAGGGCAGGCAGUAGAGAAUUUAGCUACAUACAGUCAAGUUUGUAUCAGCCAUUUCUGUCACUAUAGAUUUUGCAAUCAAACAUUAGUAAAAUAAGUGAGAUAGAUGCUAUGCCUUCUUCAACAGUAUAGAAAGUUGGGUUAAUGAGACUAUAGUUUCCUGGUGAUCUUCAACCUUGUGGUAGGGAAUUACAUCACAAUAUAUUUGUCACUAUUUUAACAGAGAAGCAGGAUUGUUUUAAUUUUUCAUCUGAGGCUACCUUUAAUAUAAAAUUUGGAAAUACCUAGACAAAAACUUUGGGAAAUACUGACUUUUUCCAAUUAUAACAUUCAUAAUAUUUUCUUAGUGUUUUUCUAGUCAUAAAUAUGAUUUAAUAUAACCAGACCUGUUCCCUGUGGGAAAAGAAAGAAAAAAAAACAAGGAAAACAAUUAAAAACUUGCAGAAUAGGUAAAAUGUAAGGCUGAUCUGUCUGCUGCUUUCUCCUCAUACAGCUGGCUUUUCUGUUAGAUUUUACUGAGUACCUAUUGAAAUGGAACUUUCUUUGGUUAAUUGAAUACAGUCUUCUUCAGUUCCUAUGGAACUGAGUAAGAUAAUUGAGUUCUGCAAGAAAGUAUGAAUAUGACUACAGGCAUGCUCUCUAGGCACUUCCACAGGUUGUGUACUUGUCUGAGGGAAUGGCUAUAAAAGUAGAAUUUCAUUUACUUGAUUAAGUUUGCUUGACCAUAUAUUUUCAGAAAAAAUUAGAGUUAAAACCUUGGCAUAGUUUUUAUCUUUUAAAAAUAGAUUUGGAUAUUAACCUAAUGUUUUAAUCAUUCUAUAUAACUCUUUUUAAACUGUAAAUUAAAUUUUCAAAACGCUUUCACACUAUCUUUUGAUGGGACAUAUUUCAUAAUAAAUCUUUUAUUGUAGUGUGUUAAAAACCUUAUUAAACAAGCAAGUCUUUGAAGAUAUUAUUGAUUUCCAUUAUUUCUAUAUUUGUUAAAUGCAUAUGUAUAUUCAUUUUUCAAAUAUGAAGCAAUACAAUGUAUGAAAAUUUAAUAAAUAUUUCCCUAACUGUUUUUCUACCACAUUUAGUCCCUUAUUUUUAUGCCAAUAAUGUGAGGGCGGGCAAAGGUAAAUCUAGAGUGGAUUGCAAAAACUCAUUUUUAUUUGGCUGUGAUUACUCCAAUCACUGACUUUGGAGUAUAAUAAAAUACGUAAUUAAAAUAUUACUCUUGAUUGAAGUUGCUGUAACUUUCUUGUCUCCAAACCUAAUUUUCCACUGCCUGCUGUCUGAAAUCCUCUAUUAAACAACUAAUAUUGCCUCCCA